ACAUUUCGUGAUCGCGUGCUGGAUUUAUUAUUUUUUUUGUUGGUAACAUUUUGGAGCAAAUGCAGGCCGUGUUAAUGCAUUUAAUUGCAUUUAAGCGAUACAAAUAGCAAUAUAGUGCGCGCGCGCACGUUUGUAUGCGUGUGCGUGCCCUGGCGGUCCGAAGCUGUGCCAGCUGCUGCUGCUCUCCACAUCAUUGAGUUUUUGGACUUCCCCCGAUCAGCUCGUGCAAUGCAGACUCAACUUGAUAAUCUGCAUUUGGAUGAUUUGCCCUAUAUCGAACGUGAUCUUAACUUGUCACAAAAAGUUUCCCUGGCCUUUCUACUUUUCGGAGAUCAGCACGCCUUAGCCACCUACAUAUUGCAGAGGCUGUUAGCGCUGAUGCGAGCACCGCCAGCGGAUCAGCUUCACAGUGAUCUACUGCGUCAGUACGCCCAGACGAAUCCGGCCAACUGGCGUGGCCAUCUGAUCGAGGCGCUCUGCAUCAUUAACGCACGCCAAGUGCUCCGCAAUUUGGGCUUUUGCUGGGCUGAGCUGCGCCUGCACUAUUUACCCCAUGUCCUGGAGCUGACGCUGCACGUGCAUCCGCUGCUGAAGGCCCUGUACAAUGUUUGCGAACAGCUGACGGUGGCGCAGAGCGGGCGCCUCGUCCUGGACAUCAACGAUAAGCUGGCCCGGAGGCGCAUCUCCGGCGAGCAUGAUGAGCCCUUGCGCUUCUAUGACUACUCGUACUUGGAGAUCUUUCUGCUCGACUGGCUGACGCGUCAUCAUCUGCGCCUGGGCGACAUCGAUGCUAUUGGCAGCGAUGUGCAGCUGCUCAUUGAGUACUUUAAGUUCAAUAACCUCAAUUCCCUGGCCACGCUGCUCAUCCAAACGAUCAACAGCAGCGCCAACGAGUCCAGCAGCCAUUCGCCCGUGAACAAAUACGACACGGACGAUUUGGAAAGUACUCCAGUUGCUCCAAGUGCAGGAGGAGCUGCUCCUUUUCUAGCUGAAACUUCAGGCCCAGCGCCCUGCACUGCACCUGCUGCUCCAUCAUCUAGCAUCAGUAGGCAGCGACGCUCCAAUGCUCUACAAGUGCAUCGGGAUAGGGCUGGAAUAUUGCUCAUAAUCAAUCAGCAAAAUUUUCAUCGCAAUGUGAGCGAGGAGUUAAUGACAUUUUUACCCACCCAGAAGUUGACGCAACGAAAUGGCACCAAUGCGGAUAAACAGCGUCUCAUUGAUGUCUUCUCGCCGCUGGGCUACGAAGUAGAGGCGCACGAUAACGUGGACCAUUUGAAGAUGAUCGCCCUCAUACGCGGUGCCUGUGCCCGAUCCGUGCUCCGGGAUUCGCUGAUUGUGUGCAUAUUGUCGCAUGGAUUUGAGGGCGCCGUUUACGGUGCGGAUAGCAUACCGCUGAGCAUCGAGGACGUCAAGAAAGUACUCUGCGCCGAUGAGAGUCUGCACGACAAGCCCAAGAUGUUGUUCAUCCAGGCCUGCCAGCAGAACGAGAAGCAGCUGAAAACGCGUAAUGUGAAUGCCACGACGCAGUCGGCAAGCCAGUUGGCAAACAUGGUGGUGGCCAUGUCCACGGUGCCGGGAUUUGUUGCUCUACGGCACAGCGUGCAGGGCAGUUGGUUCAUCCAGACGCUGUGCGACACUGUGCAGAAACAUGCGAAGAGCGAUCACAUCCUGGAUAUUCUGACACUUGCUGCCGGACAAGUGAUCGAGAAGCGCGGCGAUAAGGAUCAAAAAAUGGUGCCCAUUGUUAUCAAUACGUUGACAAAGAACGUUUAUUUCUCCGAGGCUGCCUGACGCUGCAGAAUUUCGACUAUUAUUUCACUAUGCCGGGAUCUGUGUAUUAAUUCUUAAUCAUUUCAGUCAGUCAAUUUAGUUUAUUCUUGAUUAACGUCAUCAUUUGUGCCUCGUGCUAAAAGAGUUCAGCCAGAUGCUGCUAUCCCUGUCUGAUUCGCUGCGCGGAAAACUAAUUGUUUAAUAGCGUUGCAUUUAUAGCGUUAGUAUGAGAUAUAUUCAAUUUAAAAAUUCGAUAUUCUAUGGUAUAUAUAAGCUAAUCUACAAAUUUUUGUUGUGGUAGUCAAGCUGCAGUUACAACUACAUUAUCGAUUAUUAUCGAUAAUAGGUAUAUGUUAUGCAGGAAUAUGCAUUAAGUCUCUAGAGGAACUUGGCUGGGUUGGCUCAGUUCAGCUUUCCCUUGAUCAGCAAUAUAUAUAUACUUAUUGGGCUUUGCCACGCCCCUUUCUGCAUGUUACAUACAUUUUAGUAAAGCUAUUAAACCCACAGUUAGGACUUGCAUAUAUGUACAAGGUAUCGCUUCAAAUAUGACGAAAUUCGGAAUAUUUUGAAGUAUACAAUAUACAAUCGUAACGCUUGCAUGGAAUAUAUAUUCAACAAUUGUAUCAAAAGAGGUUUCAAAUGCUAAAAUAAAAAAAUGUACAAUAUUAUUAUUGUAUUAGUAUUGAGGAUUUA